AAAGUUAUCCCUGUAUUUGUGUUCAUCUUUGUGGGCAUUGGGCGUGUUUGUUGGUGAAAAAGGAGGAGUUUCCAUCGGCUCAUGCAGUCAUCUGUCUCUCUUGCGCCUCGUGAACUGAGUGAGAAAAUGCCAUUGAAUGUGUUGGGAAAACCUUCGUGGCUCAAUAAGAUUGCGUGCGUCGCCCAGGAAAAUUGAUGAAAAUGGCAAUAAUGGCGAAAAAUGGCAACCGUCGUCUUCCUGGCGCCUUUUCUUCGCCAUAAUGCUGAGACAAGGCAACAGGAGGAUCAGGAUUAUUCUAUUUUCUAACGUUAGCAAUAAUAUUUUUUUUUCCAUAAAAGUGCUUAUUUAUCUGCAUAUUUUCCAUUUCGCAGUCAACGUGUUUUUUCCAUGAAGCACCGUCAAUUACGCUCAUUGAGAGUUUUUGUGCAAUAACAAGUGGUUUUAGUUGGAAAAGUGUCUCCAGGAAGGAGCAUCAGUGUCUGAGAAGCAGAUAAUUAUCCAAAAUGUUGUCAUUCAUUCCCAUGGAUGUGAAAUGUCCGGAAGGCGCCAAAUCGGCACAGAUAAGAGAGGACUCACCACUCUGUGGCAUGUGCUAUCGGCCCAUCUACGAUCGAUACAUAAUGCAAGUUGUGGAGAUGACCUACCAUGAGGCCUGUCUUAAUUGCAACUCGUGCUCUGGUCGCCUCAGAGACUCUUGCUUCAGCAGAGAUGGGAAACUCUACUGUCGGAUCGAUUAUGAGAGAUUAUUCGUCAAGAACAAGUGUGUGGCGUGUGGCGAGAGGAUCUCCUCGGAUGAGUUUGUAAUGCGAACAGAUGCUGAGGAUCUCUUCCACCUGAAAUGCUUUGUAUGUGUGGUGUGUGGUGUUCAGCUGCAGAAGGGGGACCACUAUGUCCUGAAGCAGGGUCAACUCUUCUGUCGGAUUGACUAUGAGAAGGAAGUGGAGAUGCUGCAGUCCAUUUCAGCUGCUGUCUACAAUGAUCCUGAAGAUUUUCCCGAAGACUACAGUCGGAACAGUCGUAGAGGACCCAAAAGACCCCGCACCAUCCUCACUACGCAACAGAGAAGAGCUUUUAAGGCUUGUUUUGAUGUUUCUCCACGACCCUGUCGGAAAACCCGCGAAAGCCUCGCCAACGACACUGGCCUAAGCCUCCGGAUUGUGCAAGUAUGGUUCCAGAAUCAGCGAGCCAAAAUGAAAAAGAUGGAAAAGAAGGAGAAGUGUAAGAAUGAAUCAGCGGAUGAGGAUGAUGAAAAAGGCAAAAAAGGAUCAAAUCGAAAAGAGAAAGUCAUCGCACAGAUCAAAGAAGAUCCACAGAGUGACAACGAUUCUCUGACUUCUGGAACGUCGGUAAUGUCUCCCUGUGAAGAAAACUUCCUGAAAAUUGAGCCCCCAAGAACUGAUGCUACAUCAAUUGAAUCCGACCAUCAGAUGAUGAGGGAUCAUAUUUCAAACUUUCAUAGUAUGAUUAACCAACUGAACAGUGGACAUGGGAACUUUGCUAAUCCCAUUGAUCGACUAUACUCAAUGCAGAAUCUCUACUUUUUCGCUGAUGAUGAUAAAAUGAUUCGACAAUGAGUAUUAAUGAAAUAAAAAAAAACAACAUAAGCA